UAUCAGGUGAACAAUUAACAAUCGCCAGCGAAAAUUUUUAAAUUAAAUCCCAAUGAGAUGAAGUUAAUUCACCACAAUCAGUUGAUUCAGUUUUCAAGUUUUACUCUGAUUAACAAUCAAUAUUAACAAUAAAAGUGAAUCUUUUCUAAACAUCUAAUUGUAAAACUAAACUCUUCUAAACGAUGACAAUUAAGAAAACUAAAUCACCGACAAUUGUGAUUACCGGAUUAUCAGGUAAAUUUCCGCAAUCAGAUAAUCCUGAGCAAUUAUGGGAAAAUUUAGUCAAUGGGAACAUCUUAUAUCAACCUGAUGAGUUUAAUUAUCCUAAAAUUUUCACUAAAAUUCCCAAAUCAAGAGGAGCUUUGAAAGAUACAUCAAAAUUUGAUCAUCAAUUUUUUGGUUAUGAUCGUAAAUCAGCUAAUUGUUUGGAUCCACAAUUAAGGAUUUUAUUGGAAGUUGUUUAUGAAUCACUUUGGGAUGCAGGAAUUGCACCAGAAAAUUGGUCCGGUUCGAGGACGGGAUUUUAUUUGGGCUCAUCGUUUGAAGAGACUGGACUAACUGUCCGUUCAAUGGACUCGUCGAUUGACCUGGGGCAACAUUUUUCCUCUCGUGUGUCUCAUCAUUUCAAUUGGACUGGUCCAAGUAUGAUUAUCGAUACUGCUUGUGCGUCCAGUUUAAAUGCUCUUGUCGAAGCCUAUUAUGGCCUAAUGAACGGAACCUGUGAUCAGGCCGUUGUGGCAGGAAUAUGUCUCCAUGUUAAACCAAGUGUAACAAUUUGUUUCGGUGAACUGGAAAUGCUUUCAAAAUCAGGUAAAUCAAAGUGUCUCGAUCAAUCAGCCGAUGGUUAUAUCCGUUCUGAGGCCAUAACGGCAAUAGUGCUACAGAAAAAACCCCAAGCCAAAAGGAUUUAUGGUCAAAUUUUAGGAAUGGCAACAAGUUCCGAUGGUUUUACAAAAGAGGGUAUAACUUACCCGUGUCGUCAGGUACAAACGGCAACCAUGAAAUUGGCCUUGCAAAGAUCAGGUAUCGACCCACUGAACGUAAAUUACGUUGAAGGCCAUGUUACCGGAACAGCAGUCGGUGAUCCCAUUGAAACCUCGGCCAUAAUUAACGCUUAUCGAGGGUCCAAUGUAAACAAACCACUGAUCAUCGGGUGUCUAAAGGGUAACAUAGGUCACUCGGAAGCGUCGGCGGGUUUAUGUGCACUCAUCAAGUCGCUGAAAAUAUUUCAAAAUUCAUUGAUUCCCAUGAACAUCGGUAUGGACACUCCCAAUCCUCGAAUCGAUUCCCUGAGAGAGGGACAAUUAAUUACACCGAGAGUUAAUCUCCCAUGGGAUGGAUCAAUCAUCGGAAUCGAUGCCUUCGGGUUCGGUGGGUCAAACACUCAUUGUAUCAUCUCUGCUUCCGAUAAAAGAUCACCGGAAAUGACCAGUGGUCAAUCAACCAAUCGACGGUUAAUUUGUCUCUGUAAUCGUAAUCGUAAUGGUUUAAAAGGUAUGAUUAAAUUUAUACAAUCAACUGAUUGUUCAAUUCUUGGUGAAUGUUUAACUUUAAUUGAUUCAAUUGCCGUUGAGACAACAAUUAAAAGUGCUAUGGACUGGAGAGGUUAUUUAAUUGUUUCAAAUGAUGAUACUAAUUGUUUACCAGUUAUCGUUAAUGAAGAGAUGAAACAAUUAACAAAUUGUACACCGAUUGUUUUAAUCUUUGAUCAUGGUAACAAUUCAAUCAAUUGUUAUACUGAUUAUGAGACAAUCAAUUGUUACCUUUCAAGAGCAAUUAACUCUUGCUUUGAUUAUUGUUCCUCUAAUGGAUUUGAUAGAAAAGUGAUUAGCAAAGAUGCAACAAUUAAUUUGAUUAUUUAUCAAAUUUGCUGGGCUGAUUUAUUGGUUCAUCGUUGUAAAAUUAAACCAAAGUUAAUUGUUGGCUCAUCAUUUGGCUCGAUUGCUGCUUCUUAUGCAGCUAAACAAAUCACUUGGACUGAUUGUCUUAAAUCACUGAUUAACUUUAUUAAAUUGCGACAAAAAAAUUCAUCUUCAACUGAUGAUGGAAACAAUUUACAGCAACAAUUAGAAUCACAAUUAACAAGAAAAAUUAAUCUCAAUGAGAUAAUCAAAAAUUAUCAAAAAGAUUCAAAUAUUUUCGCUCGUUUAGUUAAUGAUGACAAUCAGUUAAUCAAUGAUAACAAUUUAAAUGAUUACAUUUUGUUAAAUGUUUCAAGUUCAAUAACAAGUAUAACUAUUGGUCAACAAAAGUGUUGGUCAGUUGAUGGUCAAGAGAUGAAACCAAUCAUGAUGAAUGAUAUUCUGACAAUUUUUGGCAAUCUUUAUCUAACUGGACACAAUCCCGAUAUCAGAGUGUUGACCAACACUCAACAACUACCGGUCAGUUCAAGUUGUCCAAGUUUAGGUCAUCUGAUUAACUGGAACCACGAGUUAACCUUUGAUACGAUUGUUUAUCCAGAUUUUUUCCGUGAUUCUUUUCACACUGUUCACAGAAUUGACCUGAUGGAUCCUGAAUACUCUGAUCUAUCUGGAUACUCGGUUGAAGGUCAAACAAUUUGUCCAAUCUCAUGUUACAUUUGGGUCAUUUGGGAUCAUCUGGUUAAAUUAAGAUCAACUGACCAACGGCAUCGAUAUAAUUCAUUUGAGAUAAAUAAUUUAAUUGUUCACAAGUUAAUCAGCUUAUCAGAGCCAAUUGAACUUCGAGUAGUGUCCAAUCCUGAUAAUGGUCAGUUCACAAUUAAAUUAGCAGCUGAUUACCAACCAAUAGUGACCGGAUGGGCAACAAUUCAAACGGUGACCAAUAACAAUCUCGGUUCAUUUGACUAUUCAGUUUAUCUGGACAGUAAAGGUCAAUCAAAUGGCAAUCAGCUGAUGACCAAUGGUGAUGACCAGUCAAAUGAUAUUAUCCUAACAUCGGAAGACUUUUACUUUGACCUUUCCAUAAGAGGUUGGAGGUCAAGUGAAUCGUUUAAAAAUGUGACCACUUUCCGAUCAGAUGGAUCCCAGGCAACAAUUAAAUUCACCGGAAAUUGGAUAACUUUUUUUGAAUCAAUUCUAAUCACUCCCUUACUACUGGACACUAAUGACUCAUCAAUGGCCAUCCCGAUGAAACUGGACUACUUCCGGUGUGACCCAUUGAUCCUCAAUGAAGGACUUAAAGUUCAACGUAAAUCUGGUUCUCAGAAUGGAUUCACUUUCAACCUUGACCAAUGGUCAUCGAUAAUUGUUACCUCAGGAUUGAUCACUCGAUUUCCUGAUUAUCAACUGGUUCCAUUUGAUUUAAUUACUCCUGAACUUCAUUAUCGUCAUCAACAAUUUUUACCUUUAAUCAGUGGAUUACAAUUAAGCAAUCAAACAAUCAAAUCAACCAUGAAAUUUAUUACAACAAUUAACUCACAAUUAGUUGGGAAAACAAAUCAAUCGGAUUCAAAGUUGAUCCAGUUAAUUUCAUCGAUAAUUAAAUCGGAUGAUAUUAAAUCAACUUUGAUAAAAUCAAUUGAUUAUCUUGAUUGUUAUUUUGAAAGUGAAUUAAUUGCAAACAUUUGCUCUGAUUUAAUGACAAUUAACUUGGGAUUAUUUGAGGAAAAUUGUUCAACCGGAUUAUUGACAAUUAAUCAAAUUGGUCGGAUCAAUGGUCACUCUUAUGAUACUAAUUGUGAUCAAACAUUUCGUAAGAUCCGUAAUCGUUAUAAAUACAAUUUGAUUGAAAAAAUUGAUUCUAAUUCAAUUUCAUCAGCUGAUUUAAUCAUUUACAAUCAUCCAUCAAUGGGAAUAUUUAAUUCAAUCAAUCAAAGUGAAGACGAUCAACAGUUAAUUGCUAAUUGUAAGUCAAUGAGCUCAUCAAGUUUUCUGUUGAUUUUAAUUCGUGAAAAUAAUUUCCAAUUUGAAGAGACAAUUAAAAAGUUAAUUGGUGAUAAUCAAAUCGCCAAUCAAAAUCAAACCAAAUCAUCAACUCAAUUGUUACUUGAUCAACUUAAUCUGAGUGAUGAUUUAAUUUUAAUCUCAAAAUAUUCAACAACCAUUGAAAAUGUAACAAUCAAAUCAAUUUUACUCCGGAAAAGAUCAACUGAUUUAUCAACAAUUAACCUUAAACCAAGAGUAAUUUAUACAACCGGACAAACCUAUGGUUGGGUUGAUCAAUUAAAGUCAACACUUAAUUGUAAUAAUCAAAUUAAUGGGGAUGAGAAAAUUUGGUUAAUCUUCAAUGAAUCAUAUCGAAGUGGAUUAAUUGGAUUAGCGUUAUCCCUGAAAGAGGAAACCUUUGGUCAUCGGAUUAGGGCAAUUCUUGCCCCUGGAUUUAAUCAUGAAAAAGAUGAGGAAACAUUCAAACAAUUACGAGAAAAUGAUUUACUAAUUAAUGUAAAAGUUAAUCAUGAUUGGGGAACAUAUCGACACAUUGAACUUAAUCCAAUGGAUGAAGUUAUUAUCCAAGAUCAAUCUGCUUAUUUGGCUUGGACACCAACUGACCAGUCGAAACUUAAUUGGUACAAAUGUCCACCAAUCGUUGCUAAUGAUGAAACAAUAUUUAAUUACUAUUCAACUCUCAAUUGGUCCCUUAAUUGUAAUCAAUCAAAUGGUAAUCAUCAGUUAAAUCAUAAAGUUGGCUGGGAUUUUGCUGGUUACUCUGGUGAAGGGAAAAAAGUUAUGGGUCUUUGCUAUGGAAACGGAACCAAUUACAUUUUACCAAAUGAUUCAAUCUUAAUCAAAUUUAAUAUUCCAGACAAUUUAUCAUUACAAUCAGCAGUUACUUUAACUAUUCCUUAUUUAAUUGCUCAUUAUUGUUUGGAUAUUUUGGGAACAAUUAAGUCUAAUAGUAGGGUAUUAAUUAGUGGUUCUUAUCAAGAUUUAAUUGAUUUCUCGUUAAUUUCAAUUUGUUUAUCUCGAAAUUGUAAUGUUUAUAUUAAUCUACCAUCAACAUCAUCACAGUUAAUUGUUGAUAAUUAUUGUAAAUUAUUUCCCUCGCUAAGUGAUUUAAAUUUCAUUAAAUCAUCGUAUCACAAUUUGGAUAGACAAUUAUUACAAUUAACCAAUAAUUAUGGAAUUGAUUUAAUCAUCAACAUGGGAUCAACUGAUAAUAUUAAAUUGAUUUCUAAUUGUUUAACAUUUGGAGGUAAAUUAAUUCACAUUGGUUCAUUUGAUGAUCAUCUGAAUACUCAUUAUUUGAGUGAUCAAUUUACAUCAAAAUGUGCAAGUUUUGAAUCAUUUGAACCGAUCAACUUGUUUAGGAAAUUAUUAGAUAAAAGUUGGAUUAAGACAAAGCUUGUCCAUUUAAUUAACCAUGGUUUGGAAAAUAAUCAAAUUAAACCUUUUCCAUUUGUAACAAUCCGCCGAGAUCAGAUUACAAUUAAAUGUGACCAAUUAACUGAAUCAGAGCGAGUUCGAAAAGUGAUAACAAUUAGAGAUGAAUUAACAGCGAAUCCAAUUGCUGUUAAUUGUAUAACACGAACUCAAUUCAAUCCGGAUAAAUGUUAUAUAUUAAUUGGUGGAUUAGGAGGAAUCGGAUUACAAUUAACUCGUUGGAUGAUCCGGAGAGGAGCUAAAAAUAUAAUCAUAACACGAGGUGGAUUAACUAAUCAAUAUCAACAGUUUAUAAUUAAUCGAUUAAAAUCUCGACAAUAUAAUGAUAUCGAUAUAAAUCAAUCAACUAAUAGUGUGAACAUUGUUGUAAUUAAAACACCAACAAGUGAUUAUGAUUCAUGCUGCUCAUUAAUUAACCAAUCAAUUGCUAAUUAUGGUCCAGUUGGUGGUAUUUUCAAUUUAGCGGGAAUACUGAAAAGUGGCCUCUUCGAAAAUCAAGAUCAAUCGACAUUUAAUGAUGUUUGUUACUCUAAGGUUGAGGUGACUGAGCAUUUCGACAAAUUGUCACGACUUUUUUGUCCACAAUUAGAUUAUUUUGUUUGUUUCUCCUCAAUUUCUGCCCUGGGGAUACUAGGGGAGCCUAAUUAUGGUUAUGCAAAUUCGUACAUGGAGCGAUUAUGUGAAGAUCGACGGUCAGUUGGCCUACCAGGUUUAGCGAUCCAAUGGGGAGCCAUUGGUGAUGUUGGAAUGGCUCGACAUUUGACCACAUCGAUCGCUGGGUCAGCCUUUCGACGGGUUCUAGGAGUUAUUCAUGAUUUAGAUAAAUUUUUACAACUUCCUCAUCCGGUUUGUUAUUCAGUACAACAUGCAACCAAACAGGAGCCAUUGGCUUCUGGUAAAGGUAACAUUUUACAAAGGAUUGGUCACAUUUUGGGCUGUCAAAGUUUGGAUAAACUUGACGGAUCGACGACAUUGGGUAAUCUUGGCCUCGAUUCGUUACAAGCAAUUGAAGUGAAAAAUUUGAUCGACACAACUUGUAACAUAAGCUUAUCCAACAUUGCGAUAUUGAAACUAAGCAUUUCUCAAUUGGAUGAGAUGGCGAGUGAGGCUUUGAAUGGUCAAUCAGAUACUAUCGGUUCAUGUGAAAUUGGUCAAGCAGCGGUUGAAGGAGGGAAAACGAUGACCAUUGAAGAGCCAAUUUUGAUCAAUUUAACGGAUAAAGGAACUGAACCGAUCUUCUUUUUCCCGCCAGCAUUUUUCGAUUUUCUUUCCAUGAUGCCGGUAGCCCAAGCUCUAAACAGAACGGUCAUCGGUGUCCAGUUAACAGAUUAUGUUCGAUCCUUGAGUACUUUCACUGCAAUCUCACAAUUCUAUGCUGAUACGAUUCUCAAAGCUUAUCCAAAUUUAACUCGCUACGAUUUUGUGGGCUACUCUUUUGGUUGUACGGUCUCUUUUGAAUUGGCUAAAGUGUUACAAAAGAUGAUCGGUAAACCGUCAAUUGAUCGUAUUGUUUUCAUCGAUGCUUCACCUUACGGUCUUAAACGAUUAGGUCAAAAGACGAUGAAAAUGUUUCUCGCUGGAUAUCCAACAUGGGAGAUAUUUGUUUCCACAAUGGAGUUCAUGGGAGUUAAAAUUGAUGAGAGAACCAAAAAAUUGUUAGAAGAAGCUGAAGAUGAUGAAACUUGUUACAAAGAGAUAGUUUCUCAGGUAUUAAUCGAUGCAGGUAUGAAUGGACCAACUGAUUCUUUGCUCGAAAAUGCUGCUGGAUUAAUUGAUCGAGCCUAUUAUCUUGGUUCCAUGAAUGAUUUGGGCUCAUUUGAUGGCGACGCUUUGUUUGUCCAGGUAAUAAAUAAAGCGGUUUCGUCGAGUGGAACCAGUUCACUUGUCAACGAAGGACUUUCAAAGAUUAUCAAAGGUUCAUUGAAAACGGUAAUGUUCAAUGCGACUCACUUUGAUAUACUAAAGGUUUAUGCACGAGAAGUGGCUGGUGAAAUUGAAAAAAUUAUGCCCUGAUUAAUUAACCUGAUUAAAUGACUUUUUUUAUAAUAUAUAUCAUACAUACACACUUAUUGGAUUGGAUGGAUACAAUUUAAUGUACAAUGAUAAUGAUAAUGAUGUUGUUGAUAUUGAUGAUCAUGUUGUUAUUGUUGUUGUUGUUUUGUUGAUUAUGAUGAUUAGGAUGAUUCAACAGAAACAAAAGAUCAUCUAAAUUGUUGAUUGUUUUUAGAGAGAGAGAGAGGAGAUAUAAUUGAUUGGAAAAAGUUUUCAUUGGCAAUGGAUUUUGUUAUUCAUUGAAUAAACACUAAAUUGUGUUGAUGGGAUGAUGAUUGUCCUGAUUUGAAAUAAACAGUAGUAGCAAAAAAAUGGUGAUAGUGUUUGUUGGUUACGAAAUUAAUUAUUGGAUUCGCUUCUACCUGGAAAAAAAGUAAAGUUUAAAAGAUUUUUCUGUUAAUUGUUGAUCAAUUUUUUGUUCGAUUGUUUCUUUUUGUCUGUAUCUCUCUCUCUCUCUCUUUCUAUUAAAUAGAUGAUGAUUUGAUUUUUUGAUUUGAUUGAUGUAAAAAAAAUCAAAUUGAUUAAAGAGCAACAUUUUAUGAUGA